AUGGCCGCCAACCCUCUUCCACCUCCGUUCAUCACCAUUGAAGGCAUCAUUAACGCUCGUUCUGUCGGAGGCUACAGUGACCCACCCACGAAACCGAAUCUCCUCUACCGUUGUGCAGACCCGUCCCGCAUCACCCCGACAGGCAAGAUCCAGCUUCAAGCGCUUGGAAUAAGUGACGUGUUCGACUUUCGCGCGGACGAUGAAAUCGCAAGCUACAACACGCCUGCACCCGACGUGGCUGGGAUUACCUUUCACCGAGUGCCAGUCUCGGAGAAAAGGGCGUUUGACCCAAUAAGUUUGGCUGCGCGGAUGGAGGAAUUUGCCAACGAUGAGCGAGGGACCUUCGUGAGACUGAACAACGAAAUUUUGGAAAGCGCAGGUCCUGCUUUUCAAACGGUGCUUCGCCAUAUGCUUGAUAACCCAGACAAACCUUGCAUGGUCCAUUGCACCAUCGGGAAGGAUAGGACUGGGAUAUUCACCGCUUUGCUUCUUAUGUUGCUCGGCGUUCCAGACAAAGACAUUGCGGCAGAAUAUGGACUCACAAGCGCUGCUCUCGAGCCUUAUGCGCCGCUACUCAUAGAACGGUUCAAACAACGUGUCGGGAACGUCGAACAUGAUAACUGGGAAGGGCUUUCGCAGAUGAUCAGUUCCAAACCUGAAAACAUGGAAGCCAUCUUGCAAAUGGUCCGCGAGAAAUAUGGCGGCGCAGAGGGAUGGGUCACAACACACACUAGUCUUACGUCCAGCGAUGUUGAACUGCUACGUCAAAACUCUCGAUGA